AUUUCAAUCUUUUUUUUUUCUCUUUAUACAUAUAAAAAAGAUUUUAUUUUUUCUUUACUACACCAAGAAUACAAGAUUUCCAGUUGAUCAGAUCUGCCACAAAUUCAGUUCAAUCAGCUGAAUCUAAAUAAUCUUUGGAGUGUGCGCCCUUCUGCGUGGAAAUGAAGAAGGUGUUUGGUCAAACUGUCCGGGAAAUUAAAAGAGGGGUUAAUAAGAAAGUUCUUAAAGUUCCCUCAAUAGAACAGAAAAUUCUUGAUGCUACCAACAAUGAGCCAUGGGGUCCCCAUGGAACUCAUCUUGCUGAUAUUGCAGAGGCUUCAAGAAACUACCAUGAUUACAAAAUGGUCAUGUCAGUAGUUUGGAAACGAAUCAAUGAUACUGGGAAGAAUUGGCGCCAUGUGUUCAAGGCUUUGACUGUUCUGGAGUAUCUGGUAGUCAAUGGGUCAGAACGUGUUAUUGAUGAUAUUAGAGAUCACGCAUACCAAAUAUCGGCAUUAUCUUCUUUUCAAUAUAUUGAUUCUACCGGGAGGGAUCAAGGCAGCAAUGUAAGGAAGAAAUCUCAAUGCCUUGUUGCUCUAGUGAAUGAUAAAGAAAAAUUGCAAGAAGCGAGAGAGCAGGCUUCUGUCAACAGGGCAAAAUCUCGCCAUAUGCCUGGAGGUCAUGGAGAUGAAGAUCGUAAUGGUUAUGGCAGAGAAAGGGAAUGGGGUGAUGAUAGAAGUGGUCGCGAUGGUGGUCGUAAUGGUGAAGAUCAGUAUGGGCGAGAUGGGUACAAGGAUGAUGAAUAUCGUGGAAGAAGUAGGGAUGGUUACACAGAUGGUGAUUAUGGUCAAAGAAGUCGAAGCUCAGAUAGAGAUAGGGAACGUGCUUAUGAAGAUGAUGGUCAUCAAUCUUCUAGAGCAAGCAAUGCUAGAGUCGAAGAUGGCUCUCCAGAUGUAAGGCUUGAAUCGAAAUCGUCUGGACAAAGUCUUGGGGCACCUCCUAGUUAUGAAGAUGCUGUGAGUGAGGGUCGCAGCCCUGAUGUUACACUACCCGCAGCCGCUAAUCAUCACGAAACUGAGGUUUCUAGCAACUCUGUAGCCCCUCUUCCUGCCUCUACACUCCCUCCUGCCCCUGCUACCCCCCCUUUAGUGGCUGCUACAGGAGCUCCAGCAGCUGCUACACCUGCAGUGACCUCUGACAAGGAAACUGAUGGGUUUGACUUCUUUGACCCUCGCGGUGCAUCUCCAGCUCCCCCGUCAGCAUCAGUGGGUGCUGAGUUGGACCUUUUUGGUUCUCUAUCAGAUUCUUUCUCCUCAAAUGCCCUGGCUCUUGUACCAUCUGAAUCUCAUCCUCUAACAAAUCCAAAUCCUAGUCAGACCUUUGGGGCUACAUCACCAGCAAGUCAGCCAUUCGAUGAUCCAUUUGGUGAUGGUCCUUUUAGAGCAGUCCCUUCCACUGAUGGAUUUUCAGCUCAACCUACAACUCCCUUUGGUGAACCAACUAAUUUGGUCACUCCAACGACAACUCUUUUUGGCGAACCACCCCAGGCGGUCACUCCAAUGACAACUCCCUUUGGUGAACCACCCCAAUCGGUCACUCUGACAACUCCCUUUGGCGAAUCACCCCAGUCGGUCACUCCAACGACAACUCCCUUUGGCGAACCACCCCAAUCGGUCAUUCCAACGACAACUCCCUUUGGCGAACCACCUGUGUCGGUCACUUCAACGUCAUCGAAUAACAUGGAAUUCGGGGACUCUUUUGACCAAACCAUUGAUAUACUAGCAGAUAUUUUACCUCCAACUGGACCUUCACCCCCUGUACCCUCACAGACCAGAUUUCAAGCACAAUCCGGUCAACUUCCAACACCAACCAUUUUCCAUUCUCAAACUGGUCAACCUUUUCCACAAACCGGUUAUGCAUCCCAACCUAGCCAGCUUUUUUCUCAAACAGAGUUUCCAACCCAAUCUAACCAGCCUUUUUCUCAAAUGGGUUUUCCAGCACAACCCAAUCAGAAUGCAUUUCCCUCUGGUUUUACAGGUCAAUCUGGUCAACCUAUGUUACAGCCUGGUUCUCAAGUUCAAGGUGGCAAGCAACCUAUUCCACAGCCUAGUUUUCCUGCUCAGGGUGGUCAAUUCUCUUUGCCAUCAAGUUUUCCGGCUCAGGGAGGUCAAUCGGUGUUGCAGCCUGGUUUUCUGGCACAGGGUGGUCAAUCAGUGCCUCAGCCUAGUUUUCUGGCUCAGGGAGAUCAAUCGGUGUCGCAGCCUGGUUUUCUGGCACAGGGAGGUCAAUCCGUAUCGCAGCCUGGUUUUCUGGCACAGGAAGGUAAAUCAGCGUUGACGCCUGGUUUUCCGGCUCAGGGUGGCCAAGCUGUGUUUCAGUCUGGUUUUCCAGCUCAGGGUGGACAAUCUGUGUUGCAACCUAGUUUUGCAAGGGGUCAAAAUGCAUCUCUAGGUGGCUUUUCUUCUCACUUGGAUACUACUGUUCCACAAGCGGGAGUUUCCAAUUCCAAUGGUCAGCCUGGUCAGUUAAAUAAUGUUAAUGGUGGUUACCAGCCUCAGGGUUCUUCAGAUCCAUUGCCCCAAAUGAACACUAAACAGGCCCCACAGUACAAUACUUCUAGCUUUUCUCAGGCACCAGCUGUCACAAUUUCGACAGGAGGUCAAAAUGAAUCUCUUCUUGGCUUGGGUACUACUGUUUCACAAGCGGGAUUUCCCAAUUCCAAUGGUCAUCCGGGUCAGUUAAAUAAUGUUAAUGGUGGUUACCAGCCUCAGGGUUCUUCAGCUCCGUUGCCACAAAUGAACACCACACAGGCCCCACAGUACAAUAUUUCUAGCUUCUCUCAGGCACCAGCUGUCACCACUUCAACAGGCGGUCAAAUUGCAUCUCUUGGUGGCUUUUCUUCUCACUUGGGUACCACUGUUUCUCAAGCGGGAUUUCCCAAUUCCAAUGGCCAGCCUGGUCAGUUAAAUAAUGUUAAUGGUGGUUACCAGCCUCAGGGUUCCUCAGCUCCAUUGCCCCAAAUGAACACCACACAGGCCCCACAGUACAAUACUUCUAGCUUCCCUCAGCAGCCAGCUGUCACAACUUCGACGGGUGCCCUUGCUAUAGUACCUCAACAACCCACAAAAGAAAAGUUUGAGACCAAAUCUACAGUUUGGGCUGAUACUUUGAACCGCGGGCUCGUUAAUCUGAAUAUAUCUGGAUCUAAAACGAACCCAUUGUCUGAUAUCGGAAUUGACUUUGAGGCCAUAAACCGUAAGGAGAAAAGAAUGGAGAAACCAAGCAAAACCCCAGUGACGUCAAAUGUUACAAUGGGUAAGGCCAUGGGAUCAGGUUCUGGAAUGGGACGGGCUGGUGCAGGUGUUUUAAGACCCACACCAAACCCCAUGGUGGGUCCAGGAAUGGGAACUACAAUGGGUGCACCUAAUGGCGGGCCAGGUUACGGAGGUGUAAACCAGCCCAUGGGGAUGUACAAUAUGCCUCAAAAUAUGGGUAUGGGAAUGAACAUGGGCCAAGGAUUUCCCAUGCAACAGCAACCCCCUGCUGCUGGGUUCCCGCCUGGAAGUUAUAAUACAAUGAUGGGUAGAGGUGGUGGUUAUGGUCAGCAACCGUAUGGUGGUUACAGAUAGAAUUUCGGUCAUAGCCCAAUAUGUUUUGUGAUAUAAAAGUUUUCUUUCCCUAACCAUUUUGUAUUCUUUUUCGAUCCUGAUAUAUACGUGUCUCAUGUAAUGUUCAUUUUCUCGAGGCUUUUUCCAUAUUCGAUAUAUAGUGUAUUGUAUAAACCAAUCUCAGGUUGCCUAUUUUCUAAACUUCAAAACAUUAUUAAUUUGUUUUUUUUCCCGUCCGUUAAUUCUUGUAGCAUGUUGUAAACAAUAAACAUUAGAAGUUACAGAAGUGAUAUUCAAACUAUAUUAUUCUUUAUUCAUGUA